AUGGAAGGAGCUGUUGCACAAUUUGUCAAGAUCGGCAUUGCGGAAGCAAAGGCCAAAGAAACAGUCAAAAACACUCAAGUCACAACAACCCUUUUGGAAAUUAUCAAAGAGGCAAAGUGUGAGGGCGGAUGCGACAAGUCGAUUGGAAUGCUCUUCUAUCAACUUGCCACAAAGCUCUUGAAGGACAAAGUUUCUUUCCGUCCACAGAUUAUCCAGUGGAUUCUCGAGAAGAAAGUGACCAAUAACAACAUCGACGCUUUGAUCACUUACGUCAACAAACACACCGACCUUACAACUGAAACAAUCAUCUCUGAAUGUGGCGUUGGAGUUGUUGUUACUAAAGAGCAAAUAGCUGCUGGUGUUAAGCGCCUUAUUGAGUCCAAAAAAGCCGAACUUAUUGAGAAAAGAUAUACCAUCGAGAACCAAUUAAUCAAAGAAGCGAAAGACACGGUGAAGUGGGCUGAUGGCAAAUUACUGAAUGAAGAGUUAACCAAACAACUCAAAGAACUUUUGGGAGAGAAGACCAAAGAAGACAGCAAGAAGAAAGCACAGAAGAAAUCUGACCCCAAGAAAGACGAGAAAAAGGAGGACAAAGAAGAGAAGAAGACUGGUAUUCCAAAGCAAAAGAAUGUCGACUCUGGUGUGAAACUUUCACUCCCACAAGAUAACAAACAGAAGACUCCAGAGAUUUUGGCGGAACACUUGAAGAGAACUGGCGGCAUCUUUGUCACCAGAUUCCCACCAGAGCCUAAUGGAUAUUUGCAUAUCGGACACGCCAAGUCCAUGUUCCUCAAUUUUGGAUAUGCCGAGAAGACUGGUGGUAAGUGUUACAUGAGAUUUGAUGAUACCAAUCCCGAGAAAGAAACACACGAAUUCAUUUCGACGAUUGAAGAAACAGUGAAAUGGCUUGGACAUACCCCAUGUGCUGUGACUUAUUCCUCUCAGUACUUUGAUAGAAUCUACGACUGUGCUAUUGAAUUGAUUAAGAGAGGAAAAGCAUAUGUCUGCCACCAAACUGCCGAGCAGAUUUCCGCGUCUCGAGAGAAGCAAGAGCCAUCGCCAUGGAGAAACAGAAGUGUCGAGGAGAAUUUGAAACUGUUCAAGUGGAUGUGCCAAGGACGAUACGCCGAGGGCGAAGCAACUCUUCGAAUGAAAAUGGACAUCACAUCUCCCAAUCCGUGCAUGUGGGAUUUGGUUGCAUACAGAAUUAAGUACUUCCCACAUCCAGUCACUGGAGACAAGCUGUGCUGUUACCCAUCUUAUGAUUUUGUUCAUUGCUUAGUCGACUCAUUUGAAGACAUCACACACUCAAUGUGCACUUUAGAAUUCUUACCAAGACGGGAGAGUUACUUCUGGUUGUUAGACGCACUUGACAUGUACAAACCAGUCGUCUGGGAGUUCAACAGACUGAACAUCACUUACACUGUCAUGUCAAAGAGAAAAUUACUUGCGUUGGUCACGAAGAAGUAUGUGAGAGGUUGGGAUGACCCAAGAAUGCCAACUAUCAUGGGCUUCAAGCGCAAAGGAUAUUCUGCAAACGCUAUCAACAACUUCUGCAGAGCUGUUGGGGUUACAACAAACACAACCGUAUACAUCGACUAUGAAGUCCUUGAACAACAUUGCAGAGAUGAUAUGGAAAUCAGAUGCAAGAGAGCAAUGUGUGUACCAGAUCCUCUUAAAGUUGUUUUGACGAACGUUCCAGACGAUUAUUGCAUUGAAGUGGUCAGACCAAAUCACCCAAUAACUGAGGAGAUGGGUACAAAUACAGUCCAUUUGAGAAAGGUGAUUUACGUUGACAGAAAUGACUUCAAAGAAGAAGACAAAAGAGGGUUCUGGGGUCUUGCACCAAACAAGGUUGUUGGUCUCAGAUACUCCGGAAAUAUUUGCUGUGAGAAAUAUGACAAAGAUGAAACAGGAAAGGUCACUUGCUUGUACUGCAGAUUUGAUAUCGAUAAAAAGGAAAAGCCAAAGGGACAUAUCCAGUGGGUCUCUUCUGGUGUUAACUGUUCCACCCCAAUUGUUGCCGAGUUGAGGUUAUACUCCACUUUGUUCACUGUUCCAAAGCCAGAGACAGAUGAUUGGGAGAAGUUGAUCAACAAAGACUCUCUUGUUAUAGUCAAUGGGUAUGUCGAUGAGAGCUUGGCACACACAAAACCUGGCGAUUCUUAUCAGUUUGAAAGAGUCGGGUUCUUCUGCACCGACACUGACUCAAAAGAAGGAGCUCUUGUCUUCAACAGAACUGUCGAACUUAAGGUUUCCAAGGAGAAACAGCAACUUUAA